ACAUGUAUGUUUUUCUAUGUAUGAGGAGGAGGACCAUGAUCUGUUAAGCGACGAAAACAAUAUCUUAACCGUAGUUGAUAAAAUAUCAAAAAGUGUUAUACCUUGUACAAGUAUUGAAGUAUCAUCAAACGCUUCUUGGGAAGAGUUACUAAUAAACCAUGUUCAAGAUAGGAAAGCAUUAUAUGACUGUCGGUUGCCACUGCAGGAAAGAACGGCAGCAAAGAAAAACAUGUUAUGGGUUGAAAUUCACAAUUUGCUAGGAGGAGCUAAAAGUGUAGAUGAAAUAAAAGCCAAAUGGAAAUACCUGAGAGAUUGUUACUUAAAAGCAAAAAGAAAAAUGAAUCAAUACAAACCAAGCGGAUCGGCUGCAGCUGGUAUUCCCGAUCCUCGAUUCAGGCAUUUUUCCUUGAUGAAAUUUUUAGAUGAUUCCAGUGAUCGGCAACCGACUGUCAGUUCUUUGCCAGCAAGUCCUCAAUCAACUAGUUUACAGAGCACAGUUUCGACCCCUCGACAUUCGCCCAGUCUGGAUUCUAUACCAGCAAAAAGAAAAAAGUCAGAAGAUCUACAAAGGGGUAUAUUGGAAGCGUUGACAACGCCAACAACAAAUGAUGGUGUGGAUGGAAUAUUGAUUCGGAUAGGUGACAGCUUGAGGAGAUUUCCUUAUAGAGAUAGAACAAAACUAGAAAUAGAUAUACUUCAAAUGAUUUAUGACAGAGAGUGUGAAUUAAAUUUAUAG